CCCGGAUCGCCACCAAAGGACAAGAAGGGCAAGGGCAAAGAGAAGGAAAAGCAGCAGGACUUUGACGAGCUCGAGGCUUCAUUACGACGCUUCGUCCUGGAAAAGAGGGCCCGAUCGAAGCUUGCGCCAGCCAAAACUUACCUGAUGAACGUAUUGGGUGACUUGGGCACUCUUGCCAGUGUGAACAAAGAUGUUGCACAGAACGAGUACGACCGCGUCACCAAGGAGCUGCAAGAUCUCGAGCCCGUCUUUGAAAAGUCCAAGAAAGCGCGUUCUCAAGCAGACGAAGAUGUUGCCACGCAGAUUGAGACCACUGGGCAAGAAGUGUAUGAUCUCACCCGCGGCAGAUACAACAAAGACGACAACGUCAAUCUCUUCCUGUCGUGCAAAGACAGCAGUGGUCUUGAGAGAGUCGUUGUUGAGGCCGGGUGCAUCAAUGAGCGCGAUGUCAACGACGCCGUUGGUAGACCUGAUAUGUGCUUUCGUCGUUUCGGUUGUAGACAAAGCCGUGUGGGAUUGCGUGAACCUCUUCGACUCCAGUAUUCUCGCGCGCGUCCAGAACCUCACAGAAUAUGCUUGUGCAUGGCUGUUGGUCCUCGGGCAGGAUCUUGCGGCGGAGCAGGGCGUUGCAGAAGGUGGACUUUCCAGCGUUAA